CGGAAGUGGGGCCACGGUGCCGGCGCGCGCUGUUCCGCUUUCCGCGGCCCACCACCUUCGAGUUGUUCCUCCACGGGGCCCGAGGGGCCGGGGAGCGCAUCCCGCCCCCGCCCCCACCCACGCCGCCGCCGCCGCCGCCGCCGCCGCUGCCGCUGCUCACGCACUCCGAGUCGCUGGCCUCGCUGCCUGAGGCGGGGGCGCUGCGGGCGCGUGUGCGCCGGCCGCCUUCGCGCUGCCACCCGCGCUCCUGCCGUCCCGGUGUACGUCGGCGCGCGCCUGCGUCCGCAUCCGGCUCCGGACGCUUGCGAUCCUAGUGGGACCCAACCUGGAGGGCUAAUUGCAGACCUCCACAUGUUGGACUAUGGGAUUCCACAGAGAAUGAGCUUCUCAUCCUUCUUCCAUUAGUAAGCCAGUCUUCCCAGCUGCUCUCCCACCAUCCACUGUCCUCAUGUCCACCAUACUCCUGAAUUUGGAUUUUGGGGAACCUCCAAAAAAGGCAUUUGGAGGAAAUGCCAAGCACCAACGUUUUGUCAAGAAGCGACGGUUCUUAGAGCAGAGAGGAUUUCUGAAUAAAAAGAACCAACCUCCUAGCAAGGUGUCUAAGUUGCACUCAGAACCUCCAAAGAAAGGGGAAACUUCUUCAAGAGUAGAUGGCAUUUUGAAGAUCCUUCCAUGCCCAAAGAAGAAGGAAGCAGCUGCCUCCAAGAGGGAGUCAGAGCAGUCCACAGACAAGAAAGCAUCGUUGUCUUGGCUGACCCCUGCUCCUUCAAAGAAGACUGAUUCUGUUGUGGCUAAAAUAGAUUUGCUAGGGGAGUUUCAGAGUGCCCUUCCAAAGAUUAAGAGCCACCCAUCUUACACCCAGAACAAGAGCUCCAAGAAGAAGCCCUUGAAGAAAGAUGCUACAGAGAACUCCACCCAAGCUCAUUCGGAGAGUAAGGACUCCAAGAAGCCCUCACAGAAGAGUGCUGUGCAGAACGCCACUCAAGCUCAUUCCGAGAAUAAAGGCUCCAAGAAGUCCUUGAAGAAAAAUGCUGCACAAAGCUCCACCCAAGCUCGUUCAGAGGACAAGUGCCUUAAAGUCUCCCAGAACUUGCCGGGGAAGAUGGUGGCCCUGGACUGUGAAAUGGUGGGCACAGGACCCAAGGGGCGUGUUAGUUCCUUGGCUCGAUGCAGCAUUGUGAACUACAAUGGAGAUGUGCUUUACGAUGAGUAUGUCCGCCCCCCCUGCCAUAUCGUGGACUACCGGACCAGAUGGAGUGGCAUCCGAAAGAGCCACAUGGUGAAUGCUACACCCUUUAAGAUUGCUCGGAGUCAGAUCUUGAAGAUACUCUCAGGGAAGAUAGUGGUAGGGCAUGCCAUCCACAAUGACUACAAAGCCCUACAGUACUUUCAUCCCAAGUCUCUCACCCGAGACACUUCCCAAAUACCGCUCCUCAACCGGAAGGCUGACUGCCCAGAGAAUGUCACUCUGUCACUGAAGCAUCUCACCAAGAAGCUGCUGAGUCGGGACAUCCAGGCUGGACAAAGUGGACAUUCCUCGGUGGAAGAUGCCCAGGCCACCAUGGAGCUGUACAAGUUGGUUGAAGUUGAAUGGGAACAGCACCUGGCCCAGAAUCCUCCAGAAAAUUAGCUGUCCCAGGGAGACACUGCAGUAGACCAUUGCACAACUCUGCCAGCUGCACACCUGUAGAGGCUGGCAUUGUUGGAGAGGGGCUUGACCAGAGACUCAAUACCCAUUGAAUUUUCAUCUCA